CCAGUCCCCCGCCGCGGCCGCUUUUCCCGCGAGCGAGAGGCUUCGCCGCUACGACCCCGCGUCGCCCCGAAAGCGCUGCAACCGCCUCCCUCCUGCAGCGGCUAAGAGACUGAAAGGGAGAGAGAAGAGGAGCACCAAGACAACAGCAGCCGAGCGUCCGAUUAACAGAUGUCCCUCGGAGAUCCGGGAAUUCUGCUUUAUUAAGGCAAGAGCAGCCGAGCGUCCGACCAACCAAUCGGAAGGACGCGGGGCGGGGCGGAGCUUCCUCCUCGCAUCCUUGGCCGCCUUUGUGACGCAAGCGGAUGCUGGAGUUUUGAAUGCUCCGGCGGUUAUUUUGGAGUGGACGUGCGAGCAGAAGGGUGCGCGACCGCCUGCUUUACGGAUCGCGCAGUUGGAAGGAGAACGCUAGGAUGAGUGAUAACAUUGUUGGCUGCCUUCAGAAACUGACCUGUGAAUUUUGUCAACGGGCUGAUGACCGUCCUGAAAAGUAUGGGGAAAGGAGGACUUACGAGGAUUACAAUCUCACUGUUCAUUAUUACUGUGUGUUAAUGUCAAGUGGGAUUUGGCAGAGAGGUGAAGACGAAGAAGGUUUUUAUGGGUUUUUACCUGAGGACAUCCAAAAAGAAAUUAAUCGAGCUGCAAGACUGAAAUGUGCUAUCUGUAAGAAAAAAGGUGCUUCAAUUGGUUGUGUGGCAUCCAGAUGCAAACGAAGUUACCACUUUCCUUGUGGGGUAGAGAGAGGAUGCAUUUUCCAAUUCAGGGAAAAUUUUCCGUCAUACUGUUGGAAACACCGACCCACACAAAAACGUUCCCCAACCUCUAAUGGAUCAUCACAGUGUACCAUAUGUUUAGAGUUGGUUGAACAUGCACCAUCGUAUAACAUUUUGGCAAGUCCGUGCUGCAAAAAUGCUUGGUUUCAUAGAGACUGUUUGCAGUGUCAAGCGCUAAGUGCAGGGGUAUUUUUCUUUAGAUGCCCUGUAUGUAAUAAUAAAGAGAAAUUUCAGAAUGAAAUGUUGAGAAUGGGCUUACAUAUUCCAGAAAGAGAUGCCUCCUGGGAACUGGAAGAGAAUGCAUACCAGGACCUUCUUCAGUGCUACCAACACUGUGACAUCAAUAUCUGCCUCUGCGAAAAUGGAAGAAACUACAAUGAGCCUGAUAGCAAAUGGGAAAUAAAGCGCUGUCAAUAUUGUGGUUCGAGUGGAACUCACUUGGCAUGUUCCUCACUAACAAGUUGGGAGCAAAAUUGGGAAUGCAUAGAAUGUAGAACUAUCCUUGCCAAAUCAACUGGGAACUGUCAGAAAUGGCGAAAGCGUUCUCGGAGUAUGCCAGAAAAUACAGAUAUUGGCGAUAGCUUGCUGGAAGAGCCAUCACCCAAAUGUCCCAGACAGUCUCCUGGAUCCCAUCUUGGCUUCCUUGUCAGGUCCCCAAAGAUAUGCCCCAGUGGCUUUACUCAGUGUUCACAACUAGAUCUCCCCUCUUCGAAUAAUAGACUGAUAUCCCCUUCCUCCGUGAUUAGUCCUUCCGUGAGGAAUCUGACACUAAGAAAAACGCAACUUGUAGUGCAGCAAAGAAAAGUUUCCAAUAUUCUGAGGGAAUUAAGAUCACAAAUUAAUACCAAACGAACAAGACUGAAUAUCAAUAGACGAAACAUCUGGGAUAGCGCCUUAAAGGGAUUUCAGAAGCGGAGCUUCAAUCCUGCCAAUACUAUUGAAGUAAAGUACAUAAACUGCAGGACAAAAACACAUAUGGAUUCAUCAAAGGGAGAUUUUUUUCUAUUACUGAUUCGUCACCUUCAGAACUCCUCGCUCUUUGAAGGCGAUUCCUCAAAAAUAUUGUCUUUUGAUUCUCAAGCUCUUAAAGAUAAUUUAUACUAUGAAGCUGGAAAAAUGAUAGCAGUUUCUCUGGUUCAUGGAGGGCCAUCUCCUAGCUUCUUUUCCAAGACCUUGUUUGAUUGCCUUGUUUAUGGCACAGAGAAUGUGAAACCAACUAUUGAAGAUGUUGCUGAUGUGACUGUUCUGCAGACAAUAGAGAAGAUAAAAUCUGCAAGAACUCUGAGCAGCUUAGAAUCAGCAAUAAGUGAUUGCUCUGAAUAUCUCGCCAUUGCUGGAUGUUUGAAACCUGUAACAGCUCUACAUGAUAAGGAUGCGUUGGUGAAUGAGAUAUUGAAUUACCAUGUCAUAAAGAGAACACUUUUACCUUUUGAAAGCUUUAGACAAGGUUUGAAAACACUUGGUGUUUUGGAAAAAAUGCAGAUGAAUCCUGAUGCAUUCUGUAGCAUAUUAUGUCACAAGCCUGAGAAACUUACAGCAAAACUUCUUGGUGAUCUCUUUGCUAUCCACUGUGUACCGGGAGCAGACAAAGCCAGAAGUCUAGAUUUCUGGAUGGGUUACUUACAGGAAACAGAAGGUGGUGAGUCAGCAGUAACUCUAGAGGACAUCUUAGUGUUUGCAACUGGCAUUCGUGAUAUCCCACCCAUUGGCUUUGAUCCUGAGCCUGCAGUUAAGUUUCUGCAUAUAAAAUACCCUGUUGGAAAGAGACGCCUUAAUUGUUUAGAGCUUCCAAUAACAAAGUCUUACGAGAAGUUUAAAAGAAUUAUGGAUUGCACCAUCAGAAGUACUCUAAGGUUAGAAUCAGAAGUGCAUUAGUCACUACCAUGGAUGCUGAAAAUUGAAUGAUGAAGCAUUUAAGAAGCUUGCUAGCUGCUACCGGAUAACACACAUGUUCAUCCUCACAGACUUGAAACUUGAUCGUCUUUACAUUUUGAACUUGGAUUCAAAAUGAUGAACAAACAAAGCUUUCCAAACCAUUUUGCAUUAUUUGGUUUCUUUUUAACACUGUGCCCUAAUCUCAUCCUUAGCACAAUCCCACUUCAUAACACAAGGCAACUGGUGACAUAAUUGUCUGCUGGUGUACUGUAGCAUCCAUCCAUUUAUAUUAUAAUCAAAUAUACACUAGCAGACAACUAGAUUCACAAAUCCCUUUUACAUUGGUUUGUAAUAUAUCCAGAAAAUCAUGUUUUUGUGUAAGUUUUGACUUGUUGGUUUGUUGAGAUGAGAGAAUAUUUUACAUUCUAAGUGAAUUUCAAGUAUCCUAGCUAUUACUUAUGAACUAUAAUAAGGAAGCUAAACAUAAUACCUCAUUUUAACUUUAGUCAGAUAUAUAUAGAUAUAUAUAUAUUAAAGAAUAACAGGGCUUUAUGACACUGAAUACAGCUGUGGCGCAGAAUCCCAGCUGCUUUACAAUUAAAUUUCCGUUCUACAGUCAUUCCAAAUAUUUUUCUUAGUAUUAGAAAAAUGGGCUGGUGUGUGUAAAGGUGUUGCAAUUCAUAGAAAGUAUAAGCAAAUUCUUAUGUGCUAGUUAUAAGUGACUUAAGAAAGAAUAUAGAUACUUAGAUGUCAAUCGUUUGAGAGAAAAGAUGAGGUUGACUUCAAGGGAACGGCCAUGUCAAAAGGAUGUGCAGAAGAAGAAGAAGAAGUGUUUGAACUUGAUAUACCACCUUAAGGAGUCUCAAAGCGGCUAACAAUCUCCUUUCUCUUCCUCCCCCACAACAAACACUCUGUGAGGUGAGUGAGGCUGAGAGACUUCAGAAAAGUGUGACUAGCCCAAGGUCACCCAGCAGCUGCAUGUGGAGGAGCGGGGAAGCAAACCCGGUUUGCCAGAUUACGAGUCCACCGCUCUUAACCACUACACCAGGGGUCCCCAAACUAAAGCCCGGGGGUCAGUAGCGGCCCAAUCACCUUCUAAAUCUGGCCCGUGGACGGUCCGGUAAUCAGCAUGUUUUUACAUGAGUAGAAUGUGUUCUUUUAUUUAAAAUGCAUCUCUGGGUUAUUUGUGAGGCAUAGGAAUUUAUUCAUAUAUUUUUUCAAAAUAUAGUCUGGCCCCCCACAAGGUCUCAGGGACAGUGGACCGGCCCACUGCUGAAAAAGUUUGCUGAACCCUGUUCUAGUAUCUCCAAACCCUAUCAAAGUUCAAAAGAAAGCAAGCAGAAAUUCACACAUUGAAGGCCCUGUAUGUGCCUGUUAUGAGAAUGGCAACAAACUAUAUGUAGAGAUACAUCUUGAAUUGCAGUGUUGCAGGAAUUAUUCUCUGUGUAGCAUAGAUCCUUACAUUUAAACAUUCCAUACUACACUGUAAUUACUGUAGAACCUUAGUAUACAACCUUAGAAUAGACUAUUAGAAUAGGAUCAUAGAGUUGGAAGGGAUCCAGAGGAUCAUCUAGUCCAACCCCCUGCAAUGCAGGAAUAUGCAACUGUAUCUUAGGCGGAUCGAACCUGUAACCUUAGUGUUAUCAGCACCACGCUCUAACCAACUGAGCUAUCCACCUUAAAGUAUUUCACUUACUCAAAAAAGAUAAUUUUCCAGUGUUUUCUGUUGGAUUGUAUAUGGCUUUUCUUUGUGUCCUGCUCCCUGCCCUGGGUUUUGCAGGCCAAGAUAUUUGCAAUUGCACUGCGCUUUGAAAAAUCCUCCAGGUACAUUAUGAGCAUCAUAUAAACAUGUUUUAAACCUUGAGCUGAAGAACAGGGAGAAUUGCUUAAAAGACCUCCCAUGUCAUGCUAAGCAUUGGAAAUGAGCUCCCCUCCCAUACUGGGGAAUGCAGAGAUUUUGCUGGCUACCCAAACUAGCAAAAAUUGGUAGGCUACUGGAAGAAAGGAUUUUGGGCUGCUGUGGGUUGUAUUCAAUUAAGCUUUUCCAUUUGCACAAUGGAAUUUCCUCCCUCUUCCCUGCAUUCCCACACACACCCUCAAAAUCUGCUCCAGAAGGCCUGGAGAUGUUUGGGGGCAGAGAAGCUUUGUUCAUACAGCAUGGAACAGAACCCUCUUAUGUUUAUAAACAUGUUGGUCUACUGCAGGCAUGUCCAUAGUCCGUUUCAGGGCCUUAAUCCGGCCCGCCGGCCGGUUUAAUUUGGCCCCUGUGGCAGUUUAUUUUCUGGGGUAAAAUCCUAAAAAAACCUCCACAACUUCAAUCCUUAAAAAAGGUCAAUAGCCCUCACAGCCCUUCAUUUCAACAAAUCUGGGCCUCUUUGAAAAAAGUUUAGACACCACUGGUCUACUGUAUAAUCUUUGUUCUCUACACAAGUCUUGAUCAUUGUAUUUAAUAUUGCAGUAUCUGUGGAUUUAAUUUACUUCCCAUGAUUGAUGCAUCCUGGCAAUCUAUUUUUUGCACUUUGUGAUUUUAUGACCUUGUUAGCUUAGCCAUUUGUUGGGUUAAAGUACUAAGAGUAAAGAAAACGCUCUGUUGUGCUAUCUGUGUCUUAAAACCUCUGUGCACAGGAUGUGAACCUCUUAAGUUCUCCUAAUUGUGAUUAUCUGAAUAUGUACUACUUUAUUAGAUUUGUACUGUAAUGCUACAUCUAUACUAGCAAAAGUAAGAGAAACUGCAGAUGAAUGGAAUCUGAAAAUAGAUGUCAGUUCAGGGCAACAGUGUUCCUUAUGGUAGCUCAGGUACCUUUAACACUUAACUGAAUGCUUUUAUCAUAGCAUUCUUAAAUUCAUUGAUUUUUUUUGUUCUGUAAUUUGGAUUAAAGGAAGGCACACUUUCUUUAUGAAUCAACUCUUUCAUGGGUGGGGGGAUUAAACCAUUAGCAUUAUGUAGAAAUAGUAUGGAAUACAAAUUUGCAUGUACAAUUAUAAGUUUGUAAAUAUUAGUUUUUGUUAAAAACUGUUAUAUCUAUUUCCUGGGGCUUUCUAUGGCUUCCCAUGUCUGUUUGCUCUUCUAUUACUUGUAGCAAUGUAUUAUGGGAGAACCGUCAUUUACAUGUAUUGUAUAUAAAGUGCAAUAAAUCAGCAAUGUGUCAGUUAACAGUAUUAAAUAUAUAUGCAUUCAAAUGUAGUUGGACUUUAUUCUUUUGAGGAUGUUCAUGUGCAACAAUGGUGUUGUUUCAUCUGGGAUUCAUGAUAAUCCUCAUGUUACCAUACGAUGUGAAUAGUGCAAACAGGAAUAUAUUAUAUCAUAGUCCAGUGUAACUUACCUAACUUCUUUACAAAUAAAAUUGGUAUAUUAUAACUGAAGAUUCACAAAUGACACUGAUUUAUUUCUUCCUGAAGCGUGAUGGGGGGGUCCCAUUCUUAUAUAUUUUAUAUGAUUCCUGUUCAGGUACCUAUGGAAAAGAUUAUAAACUAAACUUAAAAUUGCAAUUUUAUCCUCAGUGUUUUAACUGAGGGGUUGAAGGA